CGAUGGUGGUAUUUUUUUGACGGUCAGGCUGCAGUCACACUGUUUUCCAGCCGCGCUGCUUGUGUUUUGUCGUUUCCCGUUACUAGAAGUUUAACAACAAAAAACUAUGACAAAAAAACACGGGCAUUCGCUAAACCGCCGGGAGAAAUAAUCGCGAGAUGAUUGAUUAAUACCUGGAUAUAGAUUGCCAAACAUACGACGUACCGGAAACCAAAAGAAACCGUGAUAUCUGCUGCAGCUGCCCAAACGAUGCAACAAUGUGACAGGAGGCAGCAGCAGCAGCGGCGGCAACAUCAACAUCUGCUAUUCAAGAGCCAACAACAACAACAACAACUAUUCUCUUCAACUAUUUUGGCUUAAAAAUUAUAAAUUAAAAAUUACAAAAAAGCUACGAAACUACACAGGAAAGAAAUUAAAAUCAAGUUUUUAAUUUAAAAAAAAUCAGCCAUAAAAGUAACAGUUGGAAAAACAGUUAAAAAAUAAAUCAUUAAGCUAAACAGCAAGCUAUAAAAACAAAAACAAAAAAAAACAAUAAUUUAAAAAAAUAAUUCUUUGCUUAGCAAAUACAUAAACCGAAGCGGCUACGAAGCAGAGACCCUAACCACUGGGAACACAGUUAAAAAAAAAGGUGCAAUAACAACAAAAGAAACAAAAAUCUUAUGCAAGCUUAGACACAAACCAAACUAUUUUACAGCGAAUCCAAUAACCCAACUGAUCCCAGAGAGAGAAGAAAAUUAAAUAAAUAAAAAACAAUUAAGAGAAACAACUUAAAAUAGAAAAAUCGAUAUAAAAACGAAACAUAUACAUUUGAUAAAAAAAAUAUAUACAAUUUUUGUUGUUGGCUGCUUCGAUGCUUAGCUAAGGCACAAACCCAGCUGUUGCAACAACCACUGAACCCACUGGAAACAAAAACGCUGGAACUUGAAGAUCAUUAGGAUUUUUUGGAGAGCGACAGACUGAAAGAGUGGCAGGAUCAGCAUCAGCGGGAACUGGAUCUGGACUGGGAUCAGGAUCAGGAUCAGGAUCAGGAUCGGCAUCGGAAUCGGGAUCAGAGGAGAUGCCAAGCACUGCUGGUAGUGCCGCUGGAGUUGGAAUGGGCGCCUUAAUAAAUAGUGCUGGGAGCAGUGCCAGCAGCGUGAUGGGAAUUGGCAGUCUCGGGGCCAGUUCGCCCGGUAAUCCAGGAGCGCCGGGUGGCCAGGGCGACGCCUCUGCCGCCGCAGCGGGCACCCUAAUCGCACAGAGCACGGCGGGAACGAGUGCCGCCAGCAGCGGUACCAUCACCUGGGACAACAACGGCACCCUGCGCUCCAUCAAUCCCGGCGACUGGUCCAUCGAACAGUGCCUGGGCUGGCAGCAGCCGCACCAACUCUAUUUCCAACUGGGCUGGGCCUUCCUCUUCCUGGCCUUCCUGGCGCCGCACGGCCCCUUCGGCUCUCUGUGGAUGCGGGCCAUGCUCCUCAUCGGCUGCCUGAUGAUGGGAAUGCACGGCUAUCUGGUGGCCUGUACGCCGGAUGUGGUCCUUUGGUCGGGUAUGGGACUGGUGGUCAACUUUAUCUACCUGGUGGUGGUGCUGUGCCGGCUUAGGCCCGUGAGAUUCGAGCAGGAGAUUGAGGCGGUGUAUCUGGCACUGUUCCAGCCCCUGCACGUGACCCGGCACCAAUUCAAGAAGGUACUAAACUGCAUGAAGGUGAUACGUGCCCUGAAAUACCAGGAGGUCUACGCCCAGGAGAAGGUCACCAAGGUCGAUAGCCUUUCCCUGGUGCUGAGCGGCAAAUUGGUUGUUUCACAACAUCAGCGAGCCCUGCAUAUUGUAUUUCCCCAUCAGUUCCUAGACUCGCCGGAAUGGUUUGGCGUCUCGACCGAUGAUUACUUUCAGGUCUCUAUCAUGGCCAUGGAGGAGUCACGAGUCCUCAUCUGGCAUCGUGACAAACUAAAAUUGUCAAUUAUGGCUGAGCCCUUCUUGCAGACCGUUUUCGAUCAUAUACUUGGCAGGGAUGUGGUCAAAAAACUAAUGCAGGUGACACAGGUGAGCGAAUCGAUAGCCAGUAAUGGCUUCCUGCCCUCGGGUGGUUAUGCGGAGGAUGCCGAGGAUAAGCCCAUGCUGAUCCUGAAAAAGAGCGUGGACGUGGGCCAUGGACUGACGGCCCUAAUCAACCGGCAGUUGCAGGAAGAGCAUGUUCCUUUACUUGGUCGCACGUAUAAACAACAACAACAACAAUUGCUACUGCAACAACUUCAACAAGUACAACAACAAAAACUACAGUCAACUACAACAACAACAUCAGCAACAACAACAACUAGUGACAACAACAUCGAGCAAAGUGCAAUUUGAAAUAAAAAAACGCCUGCAGCUGCUCAACUUGCCACAAAAAAAAUGAGAAAAGCGAAAAAAAAAUAGAACAAAAUCCAAGCACACAACUCCUGCACCCUUUUCAAUCAACCAAUCAUCAAUCAACGAUCAGCAGUCAACGAUCAUCAAUCAGAGAUCAUCAUAGUCCUCAUCAUCAUUCAUCAUCCCAUCGCAUCUUGAGCAUCCAUCGCAUUUAAAAACUUAAAACUCACCUAGCAUAGAGACCUAUCACUUAGAAAACUCACUCGAAAAACUAAACAAACAUUCUAGACAUCGAAUUCUUCUUAAUAGCUAACUUUGUAUAACCCAGAAAGCAGAAAAAAACUGAGACAGUAAUCCAAACAAUAUGCCAGACACUUGAUUUUUUAUGUAAACUUUUAAUUUUUUUUCUUGUAAAAAAUCACUUGUCACUCGCAAAAAAAAAAAAUCUAAGGAAAAAUCAAGCAAAGUAAAUUUUCCACAACUGCGGAAAUAUACAAAAAAAAAAAAAAAAGAGAAAAAAAAUGAAAUCAAUCAAAACCAGUUAUUGGAAGCUUUUGUAAUUUAUGUGCGAGGUAAACAUUAUAGCAUUAUUAUUGAAUGAUCAUUGGGGUUUCGUGAAGCUGUUCACCAGACCAGACACACUCUCCUAUGAUUGCUCAUGAAUUAGUUACAGACAAGUUGAGUUGAAUUUAAUUCUGGCAGUUAGCCAAGGUUUAGCCAAGAUUUUUAAAUUAAUUGAUUCUGAUACGGAUUUGAUGUGGAAUUUUGCUAAUAUAUUACGAAAUUUGAUUACAAAACAUGAAGGAAUUUAUUAUUUGACAUUAAGUUGGCUUAGAUUGAUUGUAAAUCAUGUAAAUUAUGCUCAAGAAAUGCAUUUUUUUUUUAGGUUUCUUAUAGGCUUAGAUCUAGAGUGACAAGUAUCAUUUAAUUUUUGAAUUUGAAUUUGAAUUUGAUUUUUAUUCCAUGGAAAUUUACUGUGCUGGCACAUCACAAAACCUAGAAAGGCGAUCCGCAAUAUAUAUUAUUCAUUAACACAUUAAUAUCUUAUUUAUGCAUACGAUUACCUUCUACUUUUCUUCUUUUUUUAAUAUAUAUAUAUUUUUUUUUGUUUGUUGUGUGUGUGUUUUGAUUUGCCGAUUGAUUUGCAUAUAAAUUGAGCUUGAAGAAAGCGUGAAAACUAAUUAAAAUUAAUAAACAAUUAUUUGGUAUAAUUAUUAAGCAAAAAAGAAAUACAUAUAUAUAGCCUAAGUCGUUGUAAAUACCUAACCAAUACAUUAUAUAUACAUAUAAAGUAUAUUUUACUGUACAUAACCCCUCCGCGAAGAAACAUUUCCAUUCAACCGAUUUAAAUCCAAUACUCCCUGAAACAACAUAAUGUGUAAUAUGAAACAUCAAGAAAUCAAUGUGAAUGUAAACAAGCCAAAAACAAAAAAAUAAUAAAAGAAAUAAUAAAAUAAAAAAGCAAAUAAUAGCAUUGGAAAUCUUUGA